GGAAGGAGAAGAAGAGGAGGACGAAGUGGAGGAGGCGACGGCUGUCUUCUUCUUGUUGUUGUUUUUAUUUUUUAUUUUUUAUUAUUUGUCGCCUACCAGCAGGCACGUUUCUUGGGAGCAAACGCAAGCGGGUGUAACUGUCAUCGGCCGGUGUGUCCCGGUUGCGGUUCUACACUGACUUCUAUGGAGGAUAAAUCUGAUUAAUCCUUUCUUGUUGUGCUUUUUGGACCAAUUUAACUUGUAUAGAGCAUUUCACCGGAUACGGUUUGGACUAGUGUCUAAAGCCCGGACAUUGGUCAUCCAGGGAGAUAAAACAUGUCACUGUGUCAACAGCUGGAGCGGAAAACACGCGAUGGAUGUCGGUCAGUCUCCGCUUCGUAGAUAGCACAUGGUCUUUAUUCACCGUUCUUGUAUUCAUUCAUUCAUUCACUGGACGGGGAGUUGAACAGACGCUGGCCUGCUGUCAGAGACACUGUGGGCAGAGGAGAACCGGUCACAGAAGCGGUGAGUGAUGCUUUAGUACAGAUUCACGCUGCGGGGGUGACAUCGGUACAGACAAAAUGAUCCCCUGUUUUGCUGUUUUAAAGAUGGAGUCCCCCUACACAGACCCUGGCUGUUAAUGCUUCACAGAUUAAUAAGUUAGGAAGGAAAGCAGAAGAAGAGGCAAAGACAAGAAGCUCUCCCCAAACCCCGGGACGAAUAACACGGCAGGAUGCGUUACCGCCGUUAACUUCCACUCGAGUGAGUGUGGGCAGUGCCAGCAAUUGGGGACAACCGUUGGCCGUUAAUCCUACGCUGUGUGGGUGCGUGCACGCGCCUCUGUAUGUGGAUGGUGAUGGUGAGAACCGGUUUUUGAUGCGCGAGAAAGUGACGUGCCGCUCUCCUACCUUCCCGCCCUUUGCCACGAGCCUCAAGUCAACUCAGCGAACCAGGCAGCCGGGUCCAGCUUCAUUUCUCUCUCCAUAGCCUCCUCACAAACUCGCCACCUUUACCCACCUUCCCCGUGUUGUUGUUGUUAUUGCUCUUAUUAUUUAUUUGAGCGCGUGUCCCUCACCCUGACUCUCCAAGUCUCGCGGGAUAUAAAGGAAAUAAAAGGGGUGAAUCUAAAAGAGCGGAGGGGAAAAGGAAAGGAAACACACACACACACACGCGAAAACAGAUUAAGACGAACAGGAGCCGCCUAUAUGAAGAUGCUGAUGUGUGACCGCGGCGUCCAGAUGCUCGUGACGACGGUGGGCGCGUUCGCCGCCUUCAGCCUCAUGACCAUCGCCGUCGGUACCGACUACUGGCUGUACUCGCGCGGGGUCUGCCGCGUGAAGAGCAGCGGCGACAACGACACGAGCCGCAAGAACGAGGAGGUGAUGACGCACUCCGGCCUCUGGCGAACCUGCUGUCUGGAAGGAACAUUCAGAGGUGUGUGUAAGAAAAUUGAUCACUUCCCAGAAGAUGCUGACUAUGAAGCAGACGCAGCUGAAUACCUCCUACGUGCUGUGCGUGCCUCCAGUCUUUUCCCCAUCAUGAGUGUGGGUCUGCUGUUUCUCGGUGGGCUCUGCGUGGCUGCCAGUGAGUUUUACCGAAGCCGACACAACGUCAUCCUCAGCGCAGGAAUCUUCUUCGUCUCAGCAGGCCUCAGUAACAUCAUUGGGAUUAUUGUCUAUAUCUCAGCCAACUCUGGCGACCCAGGCCAGAGUGACAGCAAGAAGUCCUACUCCUAUGGCUGGUCUUUUUACUUCGGCGCCCUCUCCUUCAUUAUGGCGGAAAUGGUGGGUGUGCUGGCUGUGCACAUGUUCAUUGAGAAGCACCGCAAGCUCCGGGCCAAGUCCCGCACUGAGCUCAUCAAGAAGUCCGCCUUUAGCCGCAUCCCCUCCUAUCGCUACCGUUUCCGGCGCCGCUCCAGCGUUCGCUCUUCAGAGGCUCCCAGCCGCGAUGCCUCGCCACUGGGGAAAGGUGGCUACACAGGGCCCGCCGCCUCCGAGAUGCCCAUGUACACGCUGAACCCACGAGAGGCCGGCAAUGCCGGCAGCAAACCUGUUGGCGGCUUAGGCGGGCUGCUUAACUCGGAGAGGGAUUUCCUCCAGAGCAGCACGCUCACUAAAGACUACAGCAAGGACCCCAACCGCAGAACCACACCUGUCUGAGAGGUGCUGGCUACAGAUAUCGCCCCAAUCAGAGUAUCAAAGAGGAGGAGGAUGAGAAAUGCAGGGGGGAGUGCAAGCAAAAGCAGGGGACACACAGGGUUAUGGGGUGGGAAGGGAGGGGGUUGCUAAACUUCGACUGUGAACUGUGAACUUUUAGCCUUCGAACUGUGAAUCCUGAGCCCUGUGAGAGUGCGUGUAGCAGGGUUGGUUUUAAUAGAGAAGUUGUUCCCAGCCCCAGCACAUAUCACUGUAGUAAUACUUGUAACUCCUUAUAUAUCAAGGCACAUUCGGUUUAUGUUCAUGAGUUUUAUGUUCAUAAAUUGAUUUUCAGGCUUUUUUCUCACAGGAGAAAUGGGAAUUAGUGGAAAUGUAAAAUAUAUUAAGUGUUUUUUCUGUUUGGGGCAACUUCUCUUUAAAAAAAAACAACAAAAAAAAACAAAAGCGCCACAAAAAAAACUACAAUGUGAAUUUGAGGAGAAGGGGUGACAGACUUUGUGUGAACCUCUGUCCUCCUGACCUUUUGGAUAGCAGCAGAGUCGGGUCAGGGAAGGGGACCGGCCUUAGAGCUCCCAGCUGACCCUCUGAUUACAGUAAACGUGAAGACGUCAGCACCUCGUCAUGGGUUCUGAUUCCUUUUCAGUUCAGCUAGAUUCAAAUUAUAAACUGAAGAUCGGUUUGCCCAUUUAAACCAGUGCAUUUGUGGAAGCAGUUAUCAUUUUCUAUACAUUUUGUAUAUAAACUUUCAUACUGAUCGAUCGGAAAGCUCGCUUCACGACUGAACUGAAAAUGAAUUGAGCUCUUCCCUGGUCACAUUUUCCCCUCAUCGCUCUGAUUCCAGGUCAGUGGUUAAACCUGCCUGGCGGUUUCAAUGAGUAAAGAAGAAACCGCGGAUUAGCUGUUGCAGGCUGGGUAGAAAAGGUCUGACUCAACAACCUAAAGAAUCUCUUAUAGAUGGUAACGGAAGAUCCAUUGGUGCUUCCUUCUGUUUUUUUCUGCCACUUCUUGAUUUAUUUAUUUUUUCACCUAAAACCUAAAAAGAGGUGGUCUGUCUGCCAAGCUGUCUGUCUGCGUCCAUGUGUCACCUCUCACCUUUUUCUGUGUAGCCACACCUCCGCACGUCCUCUCACCCUGCCCAUCCUCUCCACUAGAUUUAGCUCCUGUCUUCCAUUGGUGGCGUUUUUGGAGACUAGUUAGGUUUUCUGGAGGUUGUUGGUUCAGGGUACUGUGGAGGGGAGACCGCUGAGCUGUGAAUAGGCUUUAAGGCAGCACCGUUUGUUUGCCCACUACCUCUUGGUGAACACAUUUCUGAUUUAAUAUUAAAACCUGUCAGAUUUACAGCUGCAGGAGUAAACACAAGCUAAAGUAGACGUCUCCAAUAGGAGGAAACUGUUUGUAUGUAGCACACAAAUUAAGCAGCGGGAGAUGGAAUUGGAGGAUAUCCAAUUGUAUUAUUUAAGACGUUACUAAGUCACUCACAGCCUCCUUAUUGCUCUUCAUCUCCACUGCUCACACACAUUCUGGCUGACAAACUAGUUACUUACUCCACUGCCACCUCUCCAGCCUUAAAAGAGGACCAGUGUCAAAUACUGCUGCGAUCCACGCAUCGAGGCACCGGAGAACACUUUGUGUGCAUCUGACUGAGCAGCAGUGUUUGGACGCCUUUCAAACUAAUGGCCUUUACACACCGGACACGUAAAAUUUGCACCAAUAUUUUGUUUGUUAAAAAUACUCGCCUAUUCUCAAUGCAGGCGUUCACAGCUACCGCAUAAUUUUGCAAGAUGAAUUUGGAUUUAAUUUAUGGAAUCAAGCACAAUUUUUUCAGAUUUUUUGCAUACGAAUUAACAGAUCUGACCAAUCAGACCACUGCAUGUGGCAACAAGUGCGCUUGUAGCUCAAAACGCACUUACUGAACAUACUGAAACGCAAGUACUGAACAUACAAUGAUAAAAAUAAAUAGAAAUAGUAAAACAGUACUGUUUCUUUUCAGACAUACAGCUAGAUGGUGCUCCAGGUCAGUCGACUCUGAAAUAAUUUCCCUGCCUCCUCAGAUGUGGGAAGAGCUCAGACUGCCCUGCUGACAUCCUGAAAUAUGUACGACAGCAGUCGUGAUAAAGAUUCAACUCCUGGAUCAAACCAUGAAAUUCUCCCUGCUGCUGCCUUCUCGUGAGAAUUGAAUGAACCAAGAAUCUCUGCUUCUUUCCUUUUGUUGUUUAGAAACAUCAGGACCAGUUCAUUGUGGCUUGAUGCGUCUUUUUUGAGGACGUUUUUUGCAAAAUUGCGGCUUUUGGUGUGCAUAUACCUAACACGACAAAUUCGCAUCUGAAAGAUCUAGAAUUUCGUUUUGGUUUUUUUGCAGCAUGCUCGGUGUGUAAUGGCCUUACUUUUCUGCAGGAAAAGCAGCACAAAAAACUACUGUGAUAAAGCCCCUGAUCUACUACUAUAUGCCUAAUAUUUACACAGUCAGUCCACUUGGUUUCCCAACAAUCUAAUGCUGCAUCUGUGCAUUUGUAAGCAGUGGCAACUACUGUAAUUCUGAAGUAUUCCAGCCUUUUAGUAAGAGGAGGCAUAUUCUAAAACAUUAAGAAAACAAGCUGAAUUAUUCACUUUACUCAGUAAUCUUCUCACGACACGAGGCGACAGGAUUUGACACUGUGAGAAAAAAGGCAACACAGCCAUAAAAUCUACAGAGAGGAGACAGGGAGGGUUGUGAAAUCUGAGCAUGAGUAUCUAGUCACACCAUUUUUCUCAACCUGUUUCUGGGACUGUGAGUAACAAGUAAGUGUGAAACUCAAAAGAGGGAAAAAAAAUGCUUUUUUUUAGUUUUUCAGUUGUUGUUCUUUUACCUUCCCAUAAACAGCCAUUGCACUGUUUUGUAUAAAGUCGACAUGAAACAACACCAACCCGACACUGUCAAGCUACUACUCUGACAGUCAUUACUCUGAUAAUAAAAUAUGUUUUAAACCUCGCACACACUGUUUAAUUUAUGAUGCUGCUGUUUUAUCUCCUGUCUCCGACGCCAUAAAGGGAGCUUAAAGGGACAAACGUGCAUUGCUACUGUCCUCUACAUGUAAAUAUUAAUUUUGCAACUGCAACUAGGGGCAUCAGCUUUUGUCAUGGGCUGUGAAAGGGAAAAAAAACCCUACUUUUCUCCAAGCAAGGGCUUUUAAUUUUUAAAGGACAGGAGCACACAAGGGCUUUUUAUGCUCAGCACUGCAGCAAUUUCAUUUUAAGGGUGUAACGUGGGAGGGAGGGGGAGAAAAAGCAAAGUACAUUUGCACAGAAACAAUCGUUGUUGAACAAGCUAACCGCUAAUACAGCAUGCUUUGUGUAAAAGAGAAGCUGAAGUAGAGGAAAAUCAGACUACGCUCUUCUACUCUGCUACUUUGUUUUGACUUAACUUUAGGUUAGAUGAGUAAUUUUGUGACGUAAUUAGAGAUGAAGACUAUUGCCUUAAGCAAAGGUAGCAUAUUUAAGAGUUAUUUCAGUUGCUUAAGAUUCAAACAUAAAUUAGCAAAAUAUGCCUGGUGCCAAAUAUUACUCCAGAUGUUUUCUAUGUAUCACGACCUCCAGGUUAGCUUUAGGUUUGCAGCUGUAAGUACUCUAAUCCGCGUAGGAUUUACUGACUCAACAGUAGCGGUAGCUUCGUAGCUCUCAUCGGCUCAGACUUCGAGGGGUCUGCUUAGGGUCGAAGUUCAGAACUGCCAUCCAUGAGCCAUGUCAGCGUUGACCAUUCAAACCAUGCAUGCCAUAUCCAUUUGCUUCCAGUGCUUACAUUUGCUGUAGUCUCAAAUGGCACCCUAAUCUCUAUACUCUGUAGGGAUACUCGACUGCUACACAAAAGACGCCUUACAAGGGCGCGCGGGCCCGUUAGCCCGCGCUGUAAUGAUGUUUACUUCAGUAGAGCACAGGGUGCUUUUUGAGACUAGGCCGCUGUCUAUCUCUUCUUCAUAAAGCUUUGAUACUCUGAUAUAUUAUUAGUAA